CUAGCUAACGCUACCUAUAUUCUCUCCUUAGAUAAGAUUAAAUCGACUAAUAUUACUACUCGUAACGUUAACGGAUAUCGUUCCGUAACCGAUACCGGUAAUAAUAUCUAUAGCUAUAUUAAAGAGCUUUUUCUACUUAAAAAGAAAAACCGUAAACUUAAGAAGUUUGCUAAUAGUUCCGUCGAGCUACUAAAGGACUUAGGCUUCGACGGUAUUAAUAUUAAUUUUAAAGAAGCUGCUAGCUACUACUAUAACUCGGGGUCGCGUUUGUUUAUUAGCUAUAAUAUCCUAGAGAUUACGCGUAAAAAUAGUACUAGUGCUCUAGAUAAGAGCGAUAAUUAG